CCAAGAUGUAGGAACGGAACGACAACGACUAGCUAUGUGACUGGUAAAACCUAGAUUGUCAACGCCUCGUCUGGCAAAAUUCUUUGCUUACAGCGAUUGUCUCAAUAUGUCGUCUUCGAUAUUGGAGACCCUGCAGAAGGCUGGUCAGUAUCUCGGUGUUGACCCCGUCAAGAUGGGCGGCCCGGUGCGCGAGAUGCUGCACCGGAACUGGUACCUGGGGUUCACGUGUUUUGGGGGACCGGCAGUUCAUUUUCAAAUUUUUCGGGAUUUAUUUGUGGAUAAGUAUCAAUGGAUUGAUGAUCAGAUGUAUAAGGAGAUAUUUUCGUUGUGUCAGGCUCUGCCAGGGCCGGGGAGCACGAAGAUGAUCUACGCCAUAAAUCUCAUCCACGGUGGCUUUGUCGCGGGCAUUCUAUCAUUCUUCGUCUGGAGUCUUCCUGGCGCUAUUGGUGCAUACGGCCUCGCCGUCGGCGUGAGCAAGAUUAAUGAUACCCUACCUGCACCAGUUUACGCUCUCCUUUCUGGCCUAAACGCCGCCACUGUUGGGAUCAUCGCUCUCGCAGCUGUGCAGCUAUCUCAGAAGGCCAUCACGGAUAAACUAACGAGGAUAUUGGUAUUCCUAGGCGGCAGCGCGGGGAUGCUAUAUAAUGCGCUCUGGUACUUCCCAGUCUUGAUGAUUCUUGGGGGAUGCGCUACAAUUCUCUGGGAUUAUAGAUGGGGACACACGGCUGUCAAGGCUGUCAAAGCAGGUGUCUUUGGACCACGGGAUCAGUCGAAUGUUGGCAACGAGGAACAGCAAGUUAGCGACGAGGUGAAGUUACAGGAUGUCUCCCAGUCCCGGCAUGGUUCAAUCAAGGAUUCCGCAACAUUGCGGAGAGCACCUGGAAGAGCGUCUCCAGAAGAAUCAUCCCCAGAGAACGCCCAAGACCAACCCACAGAAGAAGACACCGCCCGCACCGUCCCCGCCAACCUCGAGUUCCGCGUCUUCUCCUGGAAGCUCGGCGCCCUCAUCAUCGCCCUCUUCUUCACCACCUUCAUCACCAUUAUGGUCCUCCGCGGUACCCUCUCCUCCCCUCCCAUCGGCUUCAGCCUCUUCUCCAACCUCUACCUCGCCGGCACCAUCAUCUUUGGCGGCGGCCCCGUCGUCAUUCCCCUCCUGCGCGAAUACGUCGUCGCCGAGAACUGGGUCUCACCUCGCGACUUCCUCCUCGGCCUCGCCAUCUGCCAAGCCUUCCCGGGCCCAAACUUCAAUUUCGCAGUCUACCUCGGUGCACUAGCGGCGGCGGCGCACAUGAACCCCGCUGCGGGCGCUGUCAUGGGGUACGUGGCGAUAUUUACCCCGGGAAUUGUGUUGCAUACAGGCACGAUGGGAUUAUGGAAGGUGCUACGCGGCCAUCGAUGGUUUACGUCGGGGCUGAGAGGCGUGAAUGCCGCGGCGGUGGGACUGGUUUAUACGGCGGUUUAUAGGUUAUGGGAGCAGGGGUUUUUGAGUGAGAAGUUUACGUCGGGGUCGUCGCUGGGGUUGGAUCCGUGGUGGGUGGUUGUGACGGCGACGUCGUUUGUGGGGGGCAGGUGGUUCAAUGUGCCGCCUCCAGUGGCUAUUAUAUUGGGAGGAGUCAUGGGGAUGAUUUGGUAUGGCGUGGUAUCUGCAUAGUGAGGCUUCCACUAGCUAGCGUGAUACCUUUGGCAUUGCUGUGCAUGGGAAAUCGUCAAAAUGUAGAUUGGAUAGGAUAUGAUAGGGAUAUUACGGUUUGAGUAUGGGAAAAAAUGCUGGAAUAUUUAUUCUAAGAUAACCUUGGAUAUGCCGCUGUGAAAGGGGCCCGGAUGCGGUGGACACUGAUUGAACCUGACUUACUGAAGCGGAAGCUUCGGAUUCAAUAGCGAUAACAUGUUAGCCACAUAUGCUAUUAACCAUUACCACAGACCGUAUAGUUCUACUUGAGGACCUCAAACUACAUGGAUGCAUUCUAGCCGACGAGGUGGGGUUUGGGAAGACAAAACAAUCCCUCCUCUCGGCCUGCUGUAUUCGAUUCUGCAUACUGAAAUGAACAAGAAGCCCCCAUCAAAACUCCUGUUACCGCCGAGUACCGCUGUAAGUGCCGUUGAGUGUUGUUGCCACCGAGUGGUCCUGUCGUUAUAUUUAUAGUAAAGAAAAAUAAAGCCUCGGGCCGUACACAUAAUCCUCGUGAGUGAUCGACAGGGUGCGAGAAAGCAAAGUGACAUUCUGAAUGAGCCUUGAUGCUUCUUAUGACCGGUUUUUGGAAAUGAAUGAAGAUGUGAGAC